UGUGCUCGAGGAGGCGCACCAGCAUUUGAAGAUGAUGCGAUUGCUGUUCCUGAGUCUGCUGCUGCUGCUGCCAGCUGCCUCCGCUCUUUCAACUAAAUAUGAAGGGUCGGGCCAUUCCGACUCGGAGUAUGGUGAUGAUGAUGACUAUGAUGCAGUUCCAAUGACAAGUAUUCCAUUGGGCAAAGUUGUAGAUAAGUCCCCAGGUUCAGAAAACUCGAAUGAAGGUCAGGUUCUGGUGAUUGCUAUCGUUGUUGCGGUGGCGGUGUUGGUUCUAACCAUAGUCAUAGUCGCUGUUACGUGUGUGAGAAGGCGAAUGCAGAAUCGGGAGCAGGGGAUUUACACCGUGCCCACGGAGCAGAACCACAAAAUGCCCAUCUAGUUUCCUGACCCACCUGCAGUCCUCCAUCACUGUGGGAGAAGCAAUGCAUCAGGCUGUGUCAUCUGCUUCUCUGACUCAGGACGGUUUAACUUCUUUGCACGACAACCUGUUUGACACUGUUUCGAUCCCUGCUCACUCCCACACAGCCUUCAAGUUCACUCAGCACUGGAAAAAUGCGUCUUCUUUGUGGUGCCACUUCUUUUUUUUUUUGUUGUUUUUCAUGCCACUUGGACUCAGUCUACAUAGAGUUUAGCCGGGAUUUCCAGUUCAAAUCAAAGACUGCAAAAUGUGUCUCAUCUUAAUGUUCAACAAAGUAGAUCAUUCAGCUCUCAAUUUAUUUUUUUAUUUUAUUUUUUUUCUUAAGAGAAAAUGAUUCCAACUGGUUAUGAACAGACACUGUGUUAGUAUCCAUGUGGCACAAACAGACUAACCACACUAAUCCAUAAUAAGCCGGCUCAGUGCUCGCUUUCCCCUCCUGUUCGCUUGUCACACGUCCUCCAUUCUUGUACCUUUUUAAAAAAUAACAACAACAAAAAAAGCAAAAAAAAUCCCACGUUCCCCGCUUCUGUAAAGCAUGACCUUUGAAAACACUUCUCUGCAGUUCUGCAUAAAUGACCAAUGUGACCGGUUUUUAGUUUCAACUCUUUCAUUUUGAAAUCCUGUCAGUUGACUGUGUAAACUGUUUUCUCAGUUCAGUUCAGACUUGGGUCAAUAAGUUCCAGCUUUAAAAGAAGGAAAUGUAGUGUGCAGGAGAGAGAGAAGGGGGGUAAUAAAACCGGUUUGAAUUUACUUUGCAAUGAUUAACCAAACACCAACAGUGUUUUGUUUCACUCACAUGGAACACGACAUUGUUGAUAUUUUCUUAUUUUUCUUCUUUUUUUUUUUUACUGUUGCGUGACAAAAACUUUCAUUUCCGCACAAAAAAAGUGAUGGAACUUAAGUUUUAGUUCACUCCCCGAUUAUUGCAAAAUAAAUAUUUAUUGUUGAUGCAUAUAUUCAGUGUAUAUCUGAGCAUUGUGCCUUAGCGUGAUAUUAUGGCCUUAUUUCCCUUCUCAAAAAGCCUUCAGUAUGUGUCAGUAUUUCAAGGAUAAAAAUUUGAUUUAAAAAAAUAAAUAAAUAAAUAAUGCGAAUAUAAAACAUUUCUAUAAUCUAUUGUGUAAUUUGAAGACACUACUCUUUCUGUUGUAGCAACCGAGGUUAUUGUAUAUGCCUCUAACAACUUUUAUUUCCCUUUUCUGUCAGGGUUAAAGGCAUUGUGUAUCUAUCGAGUAGAAAUGUAUCUAAUUAUUCUUUUUUUUAAAUAAAGCAUUUAGGUUAAAGUUUGAUCGCCUAUGUGGGUUGGAGUUUAUUAUCCAAAAAUAUUUGUUGGUUGUUUUAUUGGAGCAAAGAAAAUAAAGUUUGCUCAUUCAUGCACUUUUUUAUUCAAAUUUUUUAGUUCUUUUUUUUCUUUUUGUAUACGCCCUGACAGAUGUUUUGGUGGUAAAAUAAUCUCCAUAGUGUUGAUGUCUCAUAACAAACGGGUUGCAGUUAAGUGACGGUAUAACGUGAUGACUCUGUUUGCACAGCUGCAGUCACUUUUUAAAAAAAAAAAAAAGCUGUAAGACUUAAAAAAAAAA